AAUGGAUGACAGAGCAGACUCUUUGCUGAUGACCGUUCAUCUUCUUGCCAACUCGGGGCGUUCAUCACUUCUGCAGCAAACGCUGGAUCGGCUGCUGGAGUGGAUCUGCCCGGACAUUCGCCUCUUCCUUGUGUCUGAGCGUGCUACUCCAUUGAAACAUUAUGAGAGUUAUCGUAAGAGAUGCUGUGGCUUCCCUGGAAUGUCCGUCCUCCUUUUCCUACACGAGGACUUGGGAGCAGAGCGGAUUUUCCAGGUCCACGACAUCUUCCAGCACCCGCCGUGGCGCUACCAGUGCACGCAAGUCGCCCCUGGGCAGAGCCGCCCCUGCGGCGCCGCUCGCCAGGACUUCUACGGCCUGGACGAGCACAUGCCCGUGUGGGGCAUCCGCCAGGUGCACUGCGGCUCCGAGAUCGUGCGCGUGACCCUCUACUGCAGCUUUGAUAACUACGACGACGCGGUGCGACUCUACGAGAUGAUCCUGCGGCAAGAGGCAGCCCUGCAGAAGAGCAACUUGUGCGUGUUCGUGCUGCACGCGGCGGCCGGCGUCGCGGUGCAGCUCUGCCUGAAGCAGCUGCCCGCCGGCGUGGCCGUGCAGCCCAAGGAAUCGUCCGUCCUGCAGUUCAAGGUGCAGGAAAUUGGGCAGCUGGUGCCUCUCCUGCCUCAUCCUUGUAUUCCCAUCAGUAGCACCAGGUGGCAGACACAGGAUUAUGAAGGAAACAGAAUUCUGCUUCAGGUUCAAGGCAACUCCAAGUACAGCGAGAAGAAUGGUGGCUUUUCCAACCAGCAGAGUAAUUCCGGCCCCGAGAGCCUCCUGCGUCACCCCGUCCCGGUGCCCUGGCCCGCGGAGCGGAGGAGCCGGGCGCUCGGGGCCCCGCGAGCUCCCGGCCGGGCCCCGGCCGCUGGCCCCGGCGUCGCCUCGUCCUGCCGGGACAGAGCCCAUCUGUCCCCUUCCGCAGCCCAGAGGGACAGGGGAGCUGCCCAGAGAGCUUCGGGCCUUUGCUUGCAAAUAUCGAGAGCCAGCCCUGGAAACCGAAAUGAGGAGGAGGAGGAGGAGGAGGAAUUCUUUAUAUGACUGGAAACAAAUGUGCCAGAUGGACUGAUUGCUUCCAAGUGAGAGCUAAGUGCUUUAAUCUGCAAACACAGAGAAGGCAACUGACAUAUUGUGCCACUUUGUGCUGUGACCACUGAUGCUUAACUUGCCUUUGUAACUGUGAAAAAAUGUCAGGAGAGGGU